AUGGCAUCCAAUGAUGUAAACAAGACACUCUCCGUUAUGGAGGCCCCCAUCGCGGCUCUUGCAUCCGCACUCUCCAAAGGCCACCUCAACAGCGUUGAGUUAACCGCAAAGUAUUUAUUAAGGAUUGCCAAGUACGACCGCCGCACAACCCAACUCAACGCUAUCCCAAUUAUCAACCAAGAUGCAUUUGAUGCUGCUCAGCAAUCUGACCAGCGUCGGGCAUCAGGUGGCAUCUUGGGUUUACUAGAUGGAAUCCCCUGCACCAUCAAAGAUUCGUACAAGAUUCGGGGACUGACAGUGGCCGCUGGGUCUCCUGCAUUCCAGGACCUCGUUGCGAAUGACGACGCGUUUACUGUUCAGAAGCUCAGAGAGGCUGGCGCUCGCGGCGUGUACGGUCGUGCUGAAUCGCCCUACAACGAAGCCUAUCUUACAGCAGCUUUUGCCUCUGGGUCGUCCAACGGAUCUGCAACUGCAACAGCCGCUAGCUUUGGAGCUUUCGGAAUGGGAGAGGAGACGAUCUCGUCUGGUCGUUCGCCUGCUUCCAAUAACGGUUUGGUGGCGUAUACCCCGUCCAGAGGGUUGGUGUCCAUCAGAGGAAACUGGCCUCUCUUUCCAACAUGCGACACUGUGGUUCCCCAUACUCGGACCAUGGAGGAUAUGUUUGCGCUCUUGGAUGUGAUCGUCGCAAAAGAUGAAAAGACAUCCUGCGAUUUCUGGCGCGAGCAGCCGUUUGUUAAACUUCCCGACGUUGACUCCAUACGGCCAAAGACGUUCUUCGAUCUCUCUGACCCCCAUGCGCUCCAGGGCAAGAGAAUUGGUGUACCCAAGAUGUAUAUCGGUGGCGUUGACUCUGCCCCGGAAGCAAGAAAGGUCCAUACUCGCGAGUCUGUUAUUCAGCUCUGGAGGCAGGCCAGGACAGUCCUCGGGGGCCUUGGUGCCACUGUUGUAGAGACAGACUUUCCUCUUGUUACUGAGUUCGAGAAACCCGAAAGUUCUGAUGUCAUAUCCGAGACACCCCCUCAUCGUAAUGAGAUUGACAUGUGUCAAUUGAUGGCUUAUGCUUGGGAUGACUUCCUGGCAGCAAAUCAGGACAGCAAGGUGGCUACUUCACUGGGACAAAUAGAGUCGUCCACCAUAUUCCCCCAUCCUCCUGGUUGUUUACAGGACAAGUACGACUCCAACGGCCCUCUGGUACGACACACCGCUGUCGUAGCCCACAUCACCGAAGGCCGUAUCCCAACUUAUGAGAUCCCCAACCUUGGCACAGCUCUUCAAAACCUCGAAGCCAAGCGAAAGUCAGAUUUCGAGGACUGGCUUGAUGCCUCGGGCCUGGACAUGCUUGUGUGGCCUUGCAACGCCGAUGUGGGUAAGGCUGAUGCGGAUGUAAACAAAGAAUCUGCUGAUCACGCAUGGCUUAAUGGCGUGCUGUAUUCAAACGGAAACUGCGCCAUUCGUCAGUUCGGUAUUCCAACUGUUAGUGUGCCGAUGGGAGUCAUGGCAGAUACAGGAAUGCCAGUGAAUCUCACAUUUGCAUCGAAAGCUUACGAUGAUAACAACUUGUUUCGAUAUGCUUAUGCUUUUGAGCAGAGCAGUCGUCUCCGAAGACCACCUCCUAGAACACCAGAACUGCCCACGGACACAGUUUCACUCAGUGAAGAUGGACGGGGUAUGGGAUUGGCACCACCGCAGUUGCAAGUAGAUGCUACGUCUUCCACUACGGAUGGGGAGAAGACUGUGAGCAUUUCAGGUGUUGUUGACGGGGACGAGGUUUCCGAGAUACAUGUUUACGUUGACGGAGACGAAUUGGAAGACAUUGAGAUUGUUGAUGGCAAGUGGGAGGCUAAGUCGAGGGUAAGGCGAGUGAGUAGAACCCACCCGAAUGAGAAGAGUAUCCCUGAGUUGGAUGCAAGCUUUAUUAUUGUCUUGGUCAAGGGCAAAAAUAGAAGGUCUAGCGGUAAGAUGUUGUUUGUUUAG